GUUGCCAGCAGGUCCGAUGUACAGGUGGAUGAAGUGAGAUAGAGGUAUCCCCAGCGACAGACCAUCUGCGGCCAUGUCGAGAUCACAGAGGAGUUUGACCCAGGGCAGCGCAGCCCCAGGACCAGUGCCAGAGGGUAUACUCCGGCUUUACAGUAUGAGAUUCUGCCCUUUUGUCCAAAGGGCACUGCUUGUCUUGGUUGCCAAGGGUAUCAAAUAUGAAAUUGUCACCAUUAACCUACAGAGCAAGCCGGAGUGGUAUUUUGAGAAAAGUCCCCAUGGAUUGGUACCAUCUAUUGAGACUUCUGAUGGUAAAAUCAUCUAUGACUCUCCAAUUGUUUGUGAUUACCUGGAUGAAGCCUAUCCCGGGAAAAAGCUGACCCCAGCAGAUCCCUAUAAGAAAGCACAAGAGAAGAUGAUUCUAGAACUCUUCUCUGGGGUUUCUUCCUUAUUGAUCAGUAUUCUGUAUGCCAGGAAAAGAAAUGAGGAUAUAACCGAGUUAAAGACAAAGGCUUUUGAGAAAUUCAAAAAGUUAGAAGAGGCACUGACCAAGAGGAACACCCCUUACUUUGGUGGAGAAUCCGUAUCUAUGAUUGACUACAUGAUGUGGCCCUGGUUUGAGCGGUUCAUUAUGUUUGAUGUCACUGAGUUUUUGGAAAAGUUUCCACGUAUGAAUGCCUGGCACAAGCUUAUGCUGCAGGACCCAGCUGUUAAACAGACCUUCAUCCAACCAGAUGUAUAUUUGGGCUUUUUCAAACUAUAUAGUCAGGACCGUAUAGAAGCGGCUGACUAUGGCCUGGAGUAAAGACAGUGUUACGCCGAGCGCUCCGGUCCCCUGCUCCUCCCCGGAGCGCUCGCGGCGUUCCUCUCUCUGCAGUGCCCCGGUCAGACCCGCUGACCGGGAGCGUUGCACUGACACUGCCACCGGGGAUGCGAUUCGCAUAGUGGGACGCGCCCGCUCGCGAAUCGCAUCCCAAGUCACUCACCUGUCCCGGUCCCCGGCUGUCACGUCCUGGCGCGCGCGGCUCUGCUCCUUAGGGCGCGCGCGCGCCAGCUCUCUAAGAUUUAAAGGGCCAGUGCACCAAUGAUUGGUGCCUGGCCCAAUCAGUCUAAUUAGCCUCCACCUGCUCCCUGCUCAUAUAACCUCACUUCCCCUUCACUGCUUUGCCGGAUCUUGUUGCCUUGUUCCAGAGAAAGCGUUUAUAGUGUUUGCCUUACCAGUGUUCCUGACCUCUUGCUAUCGCCAUUGACUACUAACCUUGCCGCCUGCCCCAACCUUCUGCUACGUCUGACCUUGCCUCUGUCUAGUCCUUCUGUCCCGCGCCUUCUCAGCAGUCAGCGAGGUUGAGCCGUUGCCGGUGGAUACGACCUGGUUGCUACCGCCGCAGCAAGACCAUCCCGCUUUGCGGCGGGCUCUGGCGAAAACCAGUAGCAACCUAGAACCGGUCCACCGACACGGUCUAUGCCAAUCCCUCGCUGACACAGAGGAUCCACAUUCAGCCUGCCGAAUCAUAACAGACAUCAAUGACUGUGAUUUUCAAUGUUUGUCACUUCAAAGCUCUUAAGACUGAAUAAAGGGAUUUUCCGU